GGGAGUGGAAGCGAGUCGCUCAGUCUCGGCAGCGUUCAUCCAUUCUCUCUCGCUCUCUCUCUCUUUCUCUGUGUGUGUGUGUGUGUGUGUGUGUGUAUAUAUAUAUAUAUAUAUGUGUGUGUGUGUGCGUGGGUGCGUGUGUGUGUGUGCGCGGCACUCCCCGUAAUCACACAGCUCUGUGUGCGUCCUCGGUGCGAACCGAGGGGCUCCCGACACGGGCUGUUCUCUGCCACUCUGGAAGCGAGAAGAGAGUCGGAGCAAGAAACAGAAGGAGAAGAAGAAGGGGAAAGAGAAGAGAGAGAAACUACACGGGAUAGAUUCUCUCCGAAGCCGCCUUCUUGUCGCACGGAUUCCGCUGCUGGAAGCAGGGAGGGUGGGGGACGCGCGGAGCGGAGCGCAGCGACGCAAAGCGGGAGGAAAAGGGGCUUUUUCCGAGCACGGCGUGCUCCGUUCAGACCCAACAUGGCGCUGCUGCGAGGUACGGACGAGCUGAUUUAAUUUCUCCGCCAACCUCACCUCACCACCUGUGUCCUCUGAGCGGCGCGGACCGAACAGUUUUUCUUUCUUUCUAACUGGUCGGAUCCUCUUUUGUGGAUUUUUUUUCUUUCUUUCAGGAUUUCCCCCUCCGUCUCUCUGUUUCGGCGCAGGAUCUUUUUGUAGCUCUAUGGAAGCUCCUAAAAAGUCCGCUUGAAAUAGAGAGUAAAGGAUGAGAGUCGGCUGUAGACAGUAGAACACACAUUGAGGGGGUUAUUUACAAGAUUUGCCUCGUUUCGUGACAAGUGGAUAACCUGUUAGACACUUUUUUUUUUUCGUUCUUUAUUUUUCCUCCUCCUGGUCGGGAUCGUCUGUCUCCAGCAGACGGGACCGUAACCGGGGGCCAGUCUACGUAUAUACGUCCACGCACUGGGAAAAAAACAGGACAAAAGACUUGAAUCGGACUCUACGGAACUUGCACCAUUUAAACAGACUUGUCAGCGCAUGAGGAGCCGUUGCCUGCCAGACUCAGACACAGAGAGAAAGUGUGUGCAUGUGACGCUUCACGCACGCAGCACAGGAAACUGGAGAGAGAGAGAGAGAGAGAGAGGUGAUUUCUCAACAGCGUCUGCGCUUUCGGAACGGAGCCGAAACGCACACGUGGCCCCACGCACACGUUCAUCCCGCGCCAGAAAAACUCACGCACGCACGCCCGCGCGCACAGCUCCGUUUCGGUUCCGUCAGAUGCGGAUGUUGUUGAAGCAGAACGGACCGACCAGAGCUGCUGGGUGAGGAGAAGGAGGGGGUGGGAAUGUAGAGGAGGAGGAGGAGGGGGUCUCUCUCUCUCUCUCUCGCUCUCUCUCUCUCUCUCUCUCUCGGCAGGCUGAUUAAUGUGCUCCGGGUCACCGCAAUAAAAAAAGUGGUGUGCCAGCGGCGCGGCAGCGAGGCGUUUCACCGCGAUGAUCGAGGAGUCGAGCUUCUCUGCUGCUCUCAGCUCCGGAGAGCUCCGCGGAAGGCUCACUCUUUCUAUUUAAAGCAAUUGCUGCCUCUCACUUUGCUCCCGUGGAGGCUCUUCCAACCGGACUGCCUUGCAGAAAUACCCACAUACUGAAGGGCAACAUCUGUUCGUGAUGUCGAUGCUGAGACACAAACUAACCUGGCACUAAGACGAGGAAACGACAUCACACAAAAUAUGGUGGAUGCAAGGUUGACGCCCCUGGCUGCGAUGGGGCUUGACCGAAGCACUCUGAUACACGACAGCCUCCGUCUCCAUGGUGGAGUCGUAUACCCAGGGAUCAGAACCCUCUCAGCGGAGAAGAGCAGAGAGACACCCACUCUCCCACUCGCCUACAGUAGGGAUGGUCUCCCAGAGCUAAUUUACAAACCCGACAGCCCCCUGGACAGUCGUAAGCCUGCAAAUGGUUACCAGAGCCUCUACAAGGGCAGCCACCCAAGCCUUCACAAGCCUGUGUUGGUUACUGGAGCUGAGGGCCUUGGCUUGGAACGGCGAGUAGGGCCUGGAGAAAAAGUGUCAGAGCUGGGGCUGGCUGGGGCGGGUGGCAGCUACCUCCGCAUGCCUUUGCUAAGCCCAUACCCGGAAGCAGGCAUGUAUCCCUUUAUGGACACAUCCAAGUAUGCUGCUUUGAACAUAUACAAAGCCUCCCUGCUCACCCAACCCAGCCCCUACCUACCCCAGCACCUGGCCUACCCACCCCUGUGUGCAGCCCAGGGCGCCAAUGUUACAUCUGCUGCAGCUGUUUCUGCUGCUGAGAGGCUCUACUACAUGCCUCCUUACCCUCCAUCUCCCAUUUCUUCUCCUCUGGUGGCCCCUCCCAUGAGGAUUCCUGCGGUCACAGUGACCCCCACUUCGCUGGUACACUGCCAAGACAAAGGGCUCGGUGUUACAUCUCCGUUUUCACAGCAGCUUCAUCAACCCUCUCCUCAUCCUCAGCACCAUCAGGCAGCCAUGGAUAGAGACCGUUCUCCGAGCAGGAGCAGCAGACCAAGCAGACCUCCGUCCAGGAAGGGCACAACCAACAAUAGCACCAGUAGUACCAGCACCAGUGGCACCACUGUCGGGAAUAAUAGUCUGCCUGCUGAUUCUUCCCACAUGUCCUCCCGCCUCCCCCAGCCUCACCCUCUGCCUACUCUCCUUGACAAAGCACUGGAUUUGCAAAGGCCAGUUGCCAGAAUAGGACAACCAUCCGUCUCUUCUGCAGCUGCAAUAUCUGCAUCCUCUGCCUCUACGCAGUCCAUUGCUCACCCUUUUUCUAUUAGCAGCAUGGCAUCAGAGCAGGCCUCCUCUGCCAGACCCAGCCCCCACAAACCCAGGUCACGAGAUGGGACCUCUGAGAACAGAGGUGCAGGAGUGGAAAAAGUACGCAGCAGGUCUCCUUCAUUAGUCAAUUUUGAGAGGCCAGCUAACCAAUCUCAACCAACCAAAGACUCUGCAGAGAAGCCUCUGGAUUUGUCCGGAAGAAUGAUUGAGUAUGGGCUGCCUGCCAAUGGUUUCUCAGUUAAGAUGGACUCUGUGUCAUCUGGCACCCGUUAUGGACUUCCCUCCGGUCGAGAGCUUCUAAAUGAAAAUGUAUCCCUCUCCCCUUCCUCCCACCCUCAUUCUGUGGUCUGCAGCACUUCUUCAAAGGUCUCAGAGAGACCAGAAAUGAUCAGCACUUUACACUCAUCAUGGGUUGUACCAAGCCCAUCUCCCUCACAUGCACAGCACACGUCGGGUUUGCCACCCUCUCCGAGGUCAAAUGCAGACCUGGGCCUUUCACAAGCCAAAGGCGCCUCGCCCUCUGUCAUCAAGAACAAGGGCCUAGAGAGGGUUCUCCCUCAGCAGCGAAGCUCGUCCUGUCCAAGGAUUGGAGAGCCCAACCUCAGUGUUCCCUCCUCUCAACACUCUGGCUGCUCUUUGAUCAGCUCCAGGGCUCUUUCCCCGAAACCUAACGGUGAAUGGGUGAAACACAGCCCCAGCCAGUCAGUGCAUCACAGAGAGGGAACAGAGAAGUCUGCCCAGACGAAUAAGAGAAGUGAACCAACUCCAGACCUGUCAUCAUACAAGAGGCCAUGUUUGGAGAAUGGUCACCCUCCUCCCCACCUUUUUCUUUCUCAAAGUGAAGCUUAUUUGAACCACAGCUUGGCUUAUGCUAACAGAUAUCUGCAGUACCCCAUCCCUGAUGGCUUGGCGCUACACUCCGUCCCAAUUUCAGGAAAAGGCCCAGUGUACCCUAACCCCGUUCUGCUUAGCAACAACGGCCUUUACCCAACCCACUUGGCUGGAAAACACCCUUUAACCUACCCAAAUCUCCCAGCUGGUCCAGGCACAGAAUACCUCACUUAUAACUCACAGGAGAUGGCCCAUCCGCUGAUGCAGACACUCUCUGACAGCAAGCUGACAGACAGGGCAGAUGCAACACUAAAACCCCGGGGACAGGACAGACCACGGGGAGCUGUCGAAGAAGGCGGGAUCCACAGAGAUCACAGUGCUGGGAAAGAGACAGGCGAAGGCAACCAAAUGAAGCAUGAUAGGGAGGUAGGCGUGCAAGGACAGGGUGGCAGUCAAAGCAAAAACCUCCCCUCAUCUGCGGCGUCCAGAGAAAAGAUUGUCUGCAUUGACCUUGUACACUCAGACACAGAUAUCGAGCCUACUCCAACAGUCUACAAACAGCCUUCUGCUGAGACUAGCAACAAGGGGAACCAAAAUGAAUGUCAUAGCAGUCAAAACCUGACAAACACUGACAGUGAGACUAAACACCAAGCACAUCUAAGCCACUCUGGACAGACCCCCAACCUGAAGGUGAACAACACUGAUGGGCAGCAAGAAGCUUUAUUUGGGAAAGGAAAGAUUCCCCAGGAAACACCCUGUCUUGUUGAGGUAUCAAGGACGUCCCAGACCAGACCAGAGCUCUCUGAUGCAGAAGAAAGCACAGAGGAAAGUAGCCCCAGCCCAGACCCUGGGGAUCAAGAUCAGAGCACUUUACGCUGUGCCCGCACCUCAGGGGAGCGUAGCUCUGGUAAGGACAAAAGAGAUGGGAGCAGCUGCGCUCCUCUUGCACAGCACAAUACAAAUGCAGUAAAGGAGUGUGAGAGGGAGGCUGAAAAAGAGGACAAUAUUGUUGAUCUUGGGGAGUCCCAAGCAGAGGGAGAUGAUGAAGAGGAGGAGGACGAAGGUACCCAGGCUUCAUCUAAAAACUCUCGUAGGUCCAGCUUGGCCAAACGGAUCGCAAACUCCUCUGGCUACGUUGGCGACCGCUUUAAAUGCGUCACCACAGAGCUGUAUGCUGACUCUAGCAAACUGAGCCGCGAGCAGAGAGCAUUGCAGAUGGAAGUCUUAUCACGAGAGGAGAGUAAUAUAAGCCAACCUGCAGCUAACUGGGAGCGGGCAAUGAUGCGGUUCUCCGAGCUGGAGCUGAAGGAGAAGGAGGGCGGCGGCGGCGGCGGUUUGUGCGUUUCUGCCUCGGUAGCGGCAGCAGGACGGGAGCUGGCAGACGGCCAGCGCAGAGAGAGAGCGCUGGAGCACUGCCAGCACACCACCAGGCAGGCAGAGAGGGAGGGUGUCCGUCCGCUGUACGCCAACAACAGAGUUCCGGUUCUCCAGAGGUGCGUGGCGCCGAGGGACCUCGUGUCCCCGGGUCACCUGGCUCAAGAUGGAGCCAGGAAUGCGGCGACGAGAGAGUCUGAGGAGGGACUGUGCAUGCCUCCCACUCUGACGCCAUCAAAGGAGUUCCUGGACGAAAAGGUCGGCCUGGGCUUCGGAGCUGCCAGAAAACGCCCGCUCAUCAAGGAAGAGCAGGACGACUCGGAGGAAGGGGAGCGGGAGAAGAGAGCUAAGCUUUCUACGGAUGAGUGCGAGCAGGCCAGUCCCGAUGAGGAUGACGACGAUGACGAGGUGCGAAAGCUCAAAGUCCGCAUUGAGCUCAAGGGACUGCGACUCAGCAAGCCCACGGCGGGCGCAGCGUCACCCGACGGCUCCCAGUUCAAGCAGGAGAGGCCCUGGCCCCUGCCUCGCAUGGGAAACCCAGCACAGACUCAGCGGGAGCGCAAGAUCCGGGCGGCAGAGCCCGAGGACCGGGCCGCGGCGCAGAGGAACGACAUCAACAGGAAGUGGGGCUGCGAGAAGCUACCUAAUGGAGUAGCUGCUCCCGCCCUUCCCCCCAGCCAGCCGAAGGACAGGCCACACCAGCCGAGCCUCUUCUCAGGUGACCGCGGCCUUAAGGAGCCGAAGAGGGGGCCCCCGUCGCCGGCCCCGGAGCUCUGCCUGGGAGGCGUCCCUCCCCUCAAAUCCCGUCGCCAUAGUGACACGGACAAACCCAAGGGCAAGCGGCCGUGUAAGACCAAGCACACGGGCCAGCGAGACCGAGACAGAGAGAGGGAGCGGGAGAAGAGGAAAGAGGCCGCGCCCACCAGCCCCGGCCAGCGCUCGGCGCCUGAUCUGGGAUCAGCCGAGGACGACAAGCCGGCCGAGCAGCGCAGCGUUCCGAGGAAGAGAGCCGCCUCUCCUAAUCACUAUCCCUGCUCUCCGCUGAAGCCCUGCUCCCCCGCUGCACUCUGCCCGCCCGCCCUGCUGCCCCAGGCGAACGUCAGAGCUCCACCGGAGGUGCCGCCGGGGCUGCACAGGACCCCCCCUCUUGAGCCCUCCGCUGUGCGCCCCAUCCCGCCGGAGGCUCGGCGGCUGAUCGUGAACAAGAACGCCGGCGAGACUCUGCUUCAGAGAGCAGCGCGGCUCGGAUACGAGGAGGUGGUGCUGUACUGCCUGGAGAACCGAGUCUGCGAGGUCAACCACAGAGACUACGCGGGCUACUGCGCACUCCACGAGGCGUGCGCCCGGGGCUGGCUCAGCAUCGUUCAACAUCUGCUGGAUUAUGGUGCCGACAUCAACUGCAGCGCACAGGACGGGACCAGACCCAUCCACGACGCUGUGGAGAACGACCACCUGGACGUAGUGCGGGUCCUGCUGUCGUACGGAGCCGACCCCACUCUGGCCACGUACUCUGGCCGCAGCCUGCUGAAAAUGACCCGCAGCGACGGCAUGGAGCGUUUCCUCACCGAUUAUUUUGCUGACCUUCAGGGCCGCUCAGAUGACGACCCAGGGCUUUAUUGGGAGUUCUAUGGCAGUGCUGUGUGUGAAUCUGCCGAAGAAGGCGGUGUUUACAACAUCCUGGCAGACGCCCCCGGCCCAGACAACGAGGACGAGGACGAGAAAAGGGAGGUGUUUGAGUUUGAGUUCUCUGACCGACCUCUGUUGCCGUGCUACAACAUCCAGGUGUCCCUCUCCCAGGGACCAAGAAACUGGCUGCUGCUGUCCGACGUGCUCCGGCGCCUGCGCAUGUCCGCCCGCGCCUUCCGACAAGCCUUCCCCCACAUGGAGGUCGUGACGGUGGCCGAGGCCGAGUUCUACCGGCAGGCGUCCCUGUCGCAGCUCUUCUCCUGCCCGGAGGAGCUGGAGGGCUUCCACCCGGACAGCAAGGACCUGCUGGACCUGGUGGAAGACAGCGCGGAGCUGGCCGCUCUGCUGGGCUCAACACUGGAGUGUCUGGACGACCGCUGGGACCACCAGGCGGACAAACUCAAGGAUAAAAUGAAGGCGGCGGGCAGGCUGGCCUCAUCCUGACCUUGUUCCUCACCGAGUGGCGUUUGCUUUAGAACCAAUCAGAGGUUACAGAUAUGCCUUAGCGUGACCCUUAGUUCUCUCGGCUUCGGCCCGGUCCUGGACCAGCACUGGUGCACUGUACAGACAGACUGACCCACCGGCUGACUGGGCGGCGGAAACAUUUCUCUCCGUUAACUAAGGAUCGACACAUUUCUGACUCAAGAGACUUAAUAAUGGUCUUAUUUUUAUAAAUUAAUAUAUGUAUAAAUAAAUAUAUACAGUAUAUAUGAUAUGGAGAGCUUUUUCCCCCCCUUUGUGACGUUGCUCACUGCUCCUCUGAAAGCUUUUUUUUCCUUUUUUUUAAUUGAGCAGUCGUGCUUUCAGCGACUGAACAGAGUGUGUGAAUGUACAGCGCACUGUGCAUGUUUCAUUGUACAGAAUAGUUUUGAGGCUGUGCUGUUCAGUCUGAUAUUUGUGUUUAUAGAAAGCACAUGAUGUCCAUUUUUUUUCCUCCCCUAGUUCUCAAACUUUAGUGCUCGCUUGAGCCUCAGGGGCUACUUUGUUGUAAUUUUUUUUUUUUUUUCCUUUUAAGUUUUCUUUUCAGGCUGUAAUUUAAACG